AUGGCUUCGGCGAAAGAACCAGAGAAGGUUGUGGGAAGAGGCUCCAUAGUGAAAGACGCCGUGUCAAAGUUGGGUAAAGGGGAAGGCGGAGACCUCAAAUCCCAAAGCAGCAUGCGUAUCGAGACCCUAAGAUUGUCCAGCGACAUUGAACCACCGACUCCAAUUCAGGCGGCCACUAUCAAUUCUUUUGCAUCCUGCCAGCGAAACAUAUUUUUGCAAGCCCUAUUUGGGAAAACUUUGGGGUAUGCUGUGCCUGUAGUGAACGAGGUACUACUUGCACACAUCGAAAGCAAUAAAAUCAAUGGUUCAAGAUCUGCAGCCUUGGAUCCAACGGUUUUGGUGAUUCUGCCCACGGGGUGA